AUGCAGGAUGCCCCCGGCUCCAGGGACGGCCCCAGGGGCUGGAGCGGCUCCCGCGGCCCCGCAGCCCCCGGCGGCGUCUCCGGGCCCUCCCCGGGGCCGCACACGCGAACCCCGCGGGCCGGGCCGGGACUGCCCGGGGAGCGGAGCGGGCACAGCGGGGCCCGCUCGGGCUCAGCUCCGUCCGCCGCGGCCCUUCCCUCCUUCUCUCCUCCACCUCCUCCUCCCUGCCAUCCUCCUUCCCCCGCCUACCUCCGCGGCAGCGCCCGGCUCCGGGCCCGGCCGGUCACGACACUGCGGCGGCGCCGGAGGAGGGGCGGCCCCGCAGCGCAGCCGCCGGCCCUGCCCGCGCCGGGCUCACACCGUCUGGGCUCGCUGGGCUCGGCCGGGCUGGCACCGCCUGGGCUCGGCCGGGCCCGGGAAGCAAUCCCGGCCCCUCCGCGCCUGCUCCGCGGGCACCGGGCUGUGCAGCCGCCGCCUCCUCCCGCUCCCGGGUCCGGCUGCACCUCUGGGGACGCUCCCCGGCCCCUGUGCCGGGUGUGGCGCUGCCACGAGGGCAGGGGACAGGCCGAGGUGCUCAGGGGGAUGGAGCCGCCUCUCCCGCCAGGAAAGGCUGGGAGGAUCGGGAUUGCUACAAACUCGGUCUCUGUUGAAGUCAACGGGAACGCGCUGCCCGGCGGCUCCACCUGGCGGCUUCCCACUCCUCGGGAGCAUCUCCUCACCUGCAACCUCAGGACAGCCCCCACCUCCUCCCCUGUGUCCUUGGGAGAGCCUGCACCUCCGAAUGCCAGCAGCAACAGCUCUGCUCCGUGCGCCUCCGGCAUCUGUGUAUUCUCCUUGGUUCUGUCAUUUGUUCCAGAAUGUAUUUAUGCACCUCAACACGCACCCUUCACAAGUAACUAG